AUGGGUUUCACCAAGCUCCAGAGCUUCGACACCGACUACGCCCCCUGCACAAUCACGCAGUAUGUCUCCGAUCGUAGCGGCAUGCACGUUGUGGUGGCCGAUCGGAAGGGGCCCAAGGUGAACGGCUACUUCACCCUCGCCACCGAGAUCCUCGACGACUCCGGCGCACCUCACACCUUGGAACACCUGAUUUUCAUGGGCUCGAAGAGCUACCAGUACAAGGGCCUCUUGGACAAGCUAUCAUCUCGCGCCUACUCCUCCACAAAUGCCUGGACGGCAACCGAUCACACUGCCUACACUCUCGAGACGGCCGGCUGGGAUGGCUUCGCCCAGGUCCUUCCCGUCUACCUCGAGCACAUCAUCCUGCCAACCAUCACGGACGAUGCCAUCACCACCGAAGUUUGGCACGUCGACGGCGAGGGGAACGACGCUGGUGUUGUCUACUCCGAGAUGCAGGCCGUCCAGUUCCGCAGCGCCGAGAUUAUGGACCUGAAGGCUCGCCGGAUGUUGUACCCUGAGAACGUCGGCUUCCGAUACGAAACCGGCGGCAUGACGGAUGCCUUGCGUGUGCUCACGCCGGAGCGAAUUCGACAGUUUCAUCGCGACAUGUACCAACCCCAAAACCUGUGCCUUGUCAUUGUCGGAGAGACGGACCAAGAGGACCUCGUGCGAAUUCUGAAUACAUUUGAGGAGAGCAUCAUAAACGACAUCCCUACAGCCAAUGACAAGUUCAAACGGCCAUGGAUCGAUUCGGCUCAGCCACCAGCGCUGAAGGAAACCAUUGUUUCCGUUGCCGAAUUCCCCGAGGAGGACGAGUCAGUUGGCGAGAUUCUCGUUGGCUUCUUCGGACCCAAAUGCAUUGAUUUCAUCGCCACCACCGCCCUGAGUAUCCUCUUGACCUACCUCUGCGGAUCCUCCGUCUCUAUCCUCGAAAAUGUGCUUGUCGAGAAGGAGGAACUCGCAAGCUCCAUCUCUCACUGGUGGGAGGCCCGACCAGACUCGAUGAUUUGGCUCCAACCUACCGGCGUCGCCACCGAGAAGUUAGAGUUUGUCGAGCAGAGACUCUUUGAGCUCUUGAAAGAGGUUGCAUCAAAACCCCUCGACAUGGAGUACAUGAAAGAUUGCAUUCGCCGUGAGAAGCGACAGGUCAUGUUUCACGCAGAGACGUCCGAGUCGUUCUAUGCCACCAACAUCAUCACCGACUAUCUCUUCGGCAACCGCAACGGCUCGACCCUGAGGGACCUGGAGACCCUGAGCGAAUACAGCACGCUUGAGAGCUGGAGGGAUGACGAGUGGCGCGAUUUCUUGCGAAAGUGGAUCGUAGACGCUCACCACAUUUCGAUAUUGGGAAAGCCAUCGCACAAGCUCGCAGCCAAGAUGAAGGCCGAUGAGGAAGCUCGGAUUGCUAAGCGGAAGGAAGAACUCGGUCCCGACGGCCUCGAAGACCUGUCCAAGCGUCUCGAAGCGGCCAAAAAAUCCAAUGACGCUCCCAUCCCGGUCGAGGUGAUUGAUCGCUGGGAGGUCCCCGGAACCGAGUCCAUCCACUUCAUCGAAUCCGACACGGCUCGUUCCGGCCGUGCUCGCGCUGUCGGCGCCGGCAACGCAGCCGCCCAGAAGCUGAUUGAUACUGCGCCUGACGGAAAGCUCCCGCUGUUUAUCCAGUUCGAGGACGUCCCCACGAACUUUGUCCACAUCACCAUUCACGUCGGCACCUCCCAAGUGCCGAUGGAGCUGAAGCCCUUGAUGACCGUUUUCAGCGACAACUUUUUCAAUACCCACAUCAUGCGAGAUGGAAAGCUCGUCAACUUUGAGCAAGUCGUGAUGGAGCUGGAACGCGACAGCAUUGGGUACGGCAUUAGCUCGGCACGAUCCCUCGCUGACCCAGAGGGCUACAUGAUCCAGCUCCAAGUUGAGCCGGAAAAGUACGCCGCGGCCAUCGAAUGGCUCCGUACAAUGAUGUUCGACUCCGUCUUUGACCCUCAGCGACUCAAUGCCUCCGUGACGAAGGCACUGGCCGACAUUCCCGAAUCAAAGCGUGAUGGACGCGACAUGGCAAACGAGGUCGAUGGCGCUAUCCACAUGGAAAAGUCGACCCUUACCGUCUCCAAACGUGUUCUCGUCAAAGCUGUCUACUUGAAGCGGCUCAAGAAGCUCCUGAAGACCCAGCCGGACAAGGUCGUCGCCUGGUUCAAUACCCUUCGCUCGUCGCUCUUCACUUUCCAGAACAUGCGCCUGUUGGUCACCGCAAACCUCACGAAGCUCACGAACCCCAUCAAAUCUUGGGACGCGCUCGCCAACAUGCUCACGCCUCAGGAUGAAAUGAUCCCCAUACCUCCCCUUUCCAGCCAGCUCAACGACGAGGGUCGAAAGCCGGGUUCCGUUGGCGCCAUCAUCAUCCCCAUGACCACAUUAGACAGCUCCUACUCGGUCAGCUCCGCGCCCAGCAUCACGUCUCUUUCCGAUCCCAGAUUCCCCGCCCUCAUGGUCGCCAUCGGCUAUCUCGAGGCUGUCGAGGGCCCGCUCUGGAACGCAGUCCGGGGUGCCGGUUACGCGUACGGGUCGCACUUCUCUCGCACCGUUCACGGAGGCAUCUUGUCGUACCGAGUCUACCGGUCGCCAGAUGCGUACAAGGCCAUUUCCGCUUCCCGCGAUGCCAUCCGAAAGAUCGCUGACGGCCAGGUUGAGAUUGAGCGUCAUCUCCUAGAGGGAACCAUGAGCCAAAUCGUCGUCAUGUUCGCCGACGAGCAAUCUACGAUGCCCAACGCCGCGCAGCAGAACUUUGUUCAGGGUGUUGUUCGAGCUUUGCCGAAGGAUUGGAACAAGGAAAUCCUUCGCCGCGUGCGGGCCGUGACCGCAUCUGAAAUCAGAGCCGUCAUGACGGAGUUCAUUCUCCCCUGCUUCGAGCCCGGCAAGAGCAACGUUGUCAUUACAUGUGCCAAAAUCAUGACGGAGGGCAUGGAAACUGCUUUCAAGGAAAUGGGUUACCAGGUUCAGACUCGCGAGCUCAGUUACUUUCACGACGACUACGGCCUUAAGACCGGCGACGACGACGACGACGACGACGACGACGACGACGAUGACGACGACGAAGAUGACGACGAGGAGGACGAGGAGGGGGACAGCGAGGAUGAGAACAGCGAGGAUGGGAAUAACAAAAAAUGA